CUGAAGGCCCUUUAAGUUGGGGAAAUGGGGCUGCAUAGAACCAAGAUAAAUGCACACCGCCCGGUAAGACAUGCGGUAUAUACUAGAAGCACGGGGUUGAUUCCAUUUCCGUCAUGCCGACUCUCACAUAGACUUUCCGUUGUAAUGUUGAAAUUUGUAUUCUCUGAAGGACUUUAUUUCUUUUUCCAUUUGUGUCCAAAAUUAAAAAUAUUUUUAUCCUUUUCUUCUUGUCGAGAUAUUUCAACGUGUUGAAACAUACUUAAGUAGUUCAUUCAUUCGUACUUCCAAGUUCAGAAUAUUCAUACUUUAAGACUUUUUAAAUUACUGUUUUACGCUUUUUGUGUGUGUCGUCAUUCACUGUCUCGGAAAUAAAUUCCUUAUCUCACCGAUUCAUAUUUUAUUUAUUUGAUCUAAGAAUUCAAACUCAAGUGAUUUUAUUGUUUUAUCGUUAAUUUACUUUCAAAUUUACUUUUAUUAGAUCAUCAUGUCAAGAGCCAUUACAUCUACAAGAGUACUUCUUGGAGACGAUGUUGUCCCAGCCACCAUAAUAUUCUCCUUGGAAUCUGGAAAGAUUCUUUUGAUUGAGAAAAAGGUUUUGAAAUCAUAUGAUCCAAUCUUGAGACAUUACAACGUUUCUGAAUCGGAUUACCGUGAUGUUUCACCACAUGUGAUCAUGCCAGGUUUGGUCGAUGCUCAUGUUCAUUUGAAUGAACCGGGUAGAACAGAAUGGGAGGGAUUUGCUACCGGUACCCAAGCUGCUGCAUCUGGUGGGGUCACUACAGUCAUUGAUAUGCCUUUGAAUGCUAUCCCACCAACGACAACUAUUCCAAAUUUCCAACUCAAAAUUGAUGCUGCAAAGGGUCAAACUUGGGUAGAUGUUGGGUUCUGGGGAGGCAUGGUACCCACCAAUCUUCUGGACUUAAAACCCUUGAUUUCCAUGGGGGUUAGAGGCUUCAAAGGGUUCUUAAUUGAUAGUGGUGUUGAUGAGUUCCCAGCUAUUGACCCCAAAUACAUUUUACGUGCCAUGACCGAAGUCAAAGAUAUGCCUACAUUAUUAAUGUUCCAUGCUGAAAUGCAACCUCAUGAAGCUAAUCAUCAUGCUGUUUCUGUCGAGGAUAUGGGUUACAACAGAACCCCGAAAUUAAUUGUUCAUGAUCAUAACCCGGCUAAAUUCUCAUUAGAAGUAGAGGAUGACGAGGAAGAAGAUUUCACCCCUCCAAGUUCUCGUAAUAGUACCAUCGAAGGAAUUGAAAUUCCUAAAAUACUGGCAGACAUUGAAGAUUUUGACUUGGGUAUGUCUGCAUCAUUCAUCAACAGAGCACCCAAACCAGUGGUGGAUCUUCUUUCAAUGCAUGGUGGUUCCAGACAUGUUCAUGAUGAACAUGAGAAUUGUAAAUGGCCACAUAAUCAUGCUGGAUCCAUGGAUCAAUCGGUUUUGAGUGAUUCACAAGCGGUAGCAUUGGCAAAAUCGCCACUCUUGGCUACAGUAGAGCCAAAAGUUGGUAAAUAUGCUGAUUUGGCCAACAAGAGAAACCCAAAUUCAUCUAAUUCUCCAUUUAUUAGAGCCUUAGAGGCAGAACAAAAGCAGUUGGAAGUGUUGGACAGUCCUUUACUUUUAGCACAACAAGCAGAUGUUUCUUUAGCCAACAUCGAUCCUACCCUGUAUGCAUCAUUCUUGGCUUCAAGACCAGAUAAUUUCGAAACCACUGCCAUUGCAGAAAUCAUUAAUUGUGCAACCAAAAUUCCAAAUGUUCCACUUCAUAUUGUUCAUUUGGCUACUCAUGAAGCCAUUCCACUUAUUAGAGCUGCAAAGGCCAGAAACUUACCCAUCACUGCAGAAACUUGUUUCCAUUAUCUUUCACUUACCGCUGAAAAGAUUUCCAAUUGUUCAACUCAUUUCAAAUGUUGUCCACCAAUUAGAACAGAUGAUAACCGGAAAUUACUUUGGAGAGCUUUAAGAAAUGGGAUCAUCACUACAGUUGUUUCUGACCAUUCCCCAUGUACCCCGGAAUUAAAAGGGUUAGAAAAGGGUGAUUUUUUCUCUGCUUGGGGAGGUAUUUCAUCAGUUGGAUUUGGAUUACCUAUCAUGUACACUGAAGGAUUAAAAUUAAAUCCACCGAUCAAAUUAUCGGAAAUUUCUCAAUGGUGUUCAUGGAACACUGCCAAACAAGUUGGGUUAUCACAUGUUAAGGGGAAACUUCAAGUUGGAUAUGAUGCUGAUAUACUUAUCUUUGAUGCCGAAGCUGAAUAUUCAGUGGCUAAUCACAAGACUUAUUUCAAAAACAAGUUGACGGCAUACGAUGGUAUGCAAUUCAAGGGUAGAGUGGUAGAAACCCUUGUUAGAGGUAACUCUGUGUUUGCUUAUGGUAAGGGACAUUCAAAAAUUCCAGUUGGUAAACUCAUUCUUGAGCCAAGAAUUGAUUGAGAAAGAAAGUGAAAGGAGAAAUGAAAAAAAAAAAAUACAAAUAAAAUAAAAAUAAGCAAUUGAAAAUGAAAUGGUUGUAGUUGUAGAUUAACA